CUUGUUUUCCUGUUCCACCAUGCGGAUCCGUCGGCGAGCCUCUUCCUCCCUGCAUCCUUCUCCAGAUCCAUCAUAUUCAUCGCAAAAUGAGCAUCUUGGAGCCAAAGAUAGCAUAGCUGCACAAGGGGGAAAGUUGCACCAAGUUGUGAUUGGGGUUCGGGAUCCACCAAAAUGUCCUACUCAUCCUGAUGAAGCCUCUUUUUCUUGUCCAAAUCCCUGCUCAGAUGCGCCCGUCCAUCGCUACUGGGACAGCAGCAGUGGCGGUAAAGCGCAAUGGCGGCUGAAGAAAGAAGAAGAGGAUGGGAACCAAAGAGGGAGAUGGCAGGCCGAUUGCAGCAAGAAUAUUAUAAGCGGAAGCUCAGCCAUGGCCAAUAAUGGAAAUAGGGAGGAAAGAGAAGGCAAGGUAGAGGAGGAGGAGGAGGAAGAUCAGCGGAAGGCCAAGGAGAAAACGAAGUCGAGCAGUUGUUGCACCAGUGCUGCAGGGGAGGAGAACGACACGGACUCGAAGCGGCCGCGGAGGAGACCGGCGGUGGUCAUGGAGGGUUCUCGGUGCAGCCGCGUGAACGGAAGGGGGUGGCGAUGCGGUCAGCAGACUCUCGUCGGCUACUCCCUCUGCGAGCACCAUCUCGGCAAAGGGAGGCUCCGGAACAUGAGCAUCUCCUCCCGAGGCCAAGUGGGCUCCAGUAAACACAGGUGGAGGAGCACCGGUUCCGAUGCAAGCAGCAACAGUAGCACUGCAGGGGAAAUAAAGCCGGACAAUAGCAUUGCUGGAGGCCGUACAAGGGCUGCAAAAAUGGAGCAGGAACAAGCGGAGAUGACAUGCAACAGGAGGAAGAAAACCGGCACGGUGAGGGCUCGAUCAAUCAGUAGUUUGCUCGACGACUACGACCACCACCCGACUCUGUCGCAGGCGCACCAAGUUGCAUCGCUUCCCCCACUUAAUGCUAGUGGCAAUGACAAUGAGUGAGUGAGUGCUUCACCAAAUUGGUUAACUGCCAUUUUGUUUGUUUAUUUGUUUGUUUGUUUGUUUUCUGAGUUUGGA